GCCAUUGCCCACAUCGCUGCUCAUGGUCUCCUCUCAGAAGGUCCCGCGGUCUGUCCAGACGUGCGCGCACUGCCAGCACAAGGUUGCCUACACACUCCAUGUGCCCCCAAAACCCCACGAAGAUCAUCAACUUCGCGCCGGGCAAGUCCCGUCUCGCAGACAUACGCGAUCGGCGAUGAAGCAGGCCGAAGCUCAGCUUCAGACCGUCAAGGAGGAAAUACAGAAGAUGAGCAACGCGCUUGCGACUCUCAAGAGUAUGAAGGGCGAGCUUCGAGAGGUGAUUGCCCGACAGCGUACCUACCUUGCGCCCAUUCGCCGCCUUCCCAUCGAACUGCUCGUGGAGAUAUUCAGAUGGAGCUGCAUGCCGACAAUCGAAUACAUUCAUCCACGCGAUCCUUUCCAAUUCGCGGGCUUGGAAAUUGCCGCAGUUUGCAAGUUAUGGCGUGAUAUCAUGUACAAUAAUCCGCGCUUGUGGACCGAGGUCCCUUUACCUACCCAAGCACGAGCCAGAGGCUUUUCCUAUGCGCAACGAAAUUACUUGAGGCGAUUCGAUCAUUGCCUUGAGGCCACGCAAGGACUCCCAUUGCUCCGCAUCGUCGAGGCCAGGAUGCAUUCCCUUCCGCAUAUCAUCAAGUAUACCGCACAGUGGCAAGAUCUUCGCCUUACGGGUGUCUCACACUCGUAUCUCGAGAGUCUCAGCCAUUGCUCUUUCGCUGUGCUGCACACCCUUGAACUCGACCUCAAUGUCUUCAUGCAAGACGACGAAACGUGGAACGAUACCGACGUAUUCCUGGAUGCACCUGCUCUGCGCACGGUGCACAUAAAAAGUCAUUGGGACUCCGCAAUCAUUCCUCGACUUCCAUGGGCCAACAUCGCUUCGCUUGAUACCCAGUGCACCCAUAUGUACGCUUUGCGAAUCCUCGCACGCUGCGACAGCCUCCGCCAUUGGUCCCACAGCGAGAUGCCUGAAGACGAGGUCGACCCCUUGGACCCUCCCACUCCAGUUGUGCUCCCUCAUCUGCAGACGAUGUGGCUCAGUUACCUCGACAUGAUCAUGGACGAUAUUCCGGACGACAGGCGAGCGGAUGCCUCCAGGACACUUGAUCACGUGACGACUCCCGCGUUGAGCAAACUCAGCCUUGGGUGGGAUGACGAGUAUGGCACCCCGGUGAUCUACACACGAUCCUACUUAUCUUCGUUCUUCGAGCGAUCCAAGUGCCCGUUGCGCGAGCUAGAUCUGCGCUAUCCGCCCCUAUCGGAAAGGACAUAUAUGCCUUCUCAGUGCGAUCUGCGCAGGCUCAGCUGGUUCUCGCCGGGUGCCAUGCCGCUGUUGGACGAGGAUAUAGCACGGUUGGCUGCCUUGUCCAGUUGCGGGAAGCCCCUCCUGUGGCCAAAUUUGGCGGAGGUCUGGCUAUCGAACUGUCAAUGCAGUGGGGAGGCGUUGGUGGAGAUGGUUGAAGCACGGCGUUCGGCGGGAUGUCCUUUGCAGUGUCUGGAUAUCGACAACUUCGUGCCCACCAAUCCAAACGAAGACGCCAUGCGCAAACUACGAAGCUUAGUGCCCAAGUUCGAUUGCUAUUGACGCCUGGCGGAGGUACACGCAUGCGCACAUGGGGGACCGACUUUGCUGUGGGCUUGCAGCUCGAUGUAGGAUCGCGCUGUUGAUCGCUGUGAUGUCCGCUUGCGCAGGCAGUUGCUUAUGUACGACGGCUGUUUGCGAUUGGACUUCGGUACACCUUGAUCCGUGCGGAUGUAUGCUACUCGUUCAGCCAGCAAUGCGGAGCAAUCGAACUCGAGUUUGCGUGACUGUCACGUUUCACGCCA